UGUUUCAAAAUUUUAAAAGGGGUAAAAUUUUAACUCCUCCCCCCUAGUCUUCCUCUUCACCAAAUCUCCACUUCUCUUCUUCCAGAUUCUCUUUAGGGCAUAGAAAACAAACAGUAUAACUGUGGAAUCGAACACUUGUUUUCUCUGCUCUCCGUGUUCGACUUGGGGUUUCGAUAGAGAAGCUAAGCGUUGUUGAAAUCAAGAUAGUUUACUUGACAUUUUAGGGUUUUUUUUUACCCUUUCUUCUCGUGGAGUUUUGAUACAAGGGAAUGAUGAUUGAUGAGAAGGAAACAGGAAAUGGUCAUGGUUCUGAUUUGAAUUGCAGUAUUAGAAUAAAAACUGAAGGAACAGAUAAUGACGAGGGUGCGGUGUUGCUUGAUGGUGGUAGCGGCGGUGUUAGUGUUGGCGAAGAAACCUCUGCAGAGAGGUCAAGAAUAAUGUACAAGAGGAGAAAACGCAGAAAGCUGAGCAACCCAGAUGAAAAGACGAUGACUGAAUUCAGUGAUAAGAUAAAGGCUGGUGAUGGUAGUGCUUAUGAUCAUGAUAUUCCCAUAUUGAGUUUUGAUGCAUCUCCUAAUGGGCCAGACAAAUGUUCUAUCAGACACUGCAGAAAGACUGUCUUACAUCAGUCACAUAAGGAACAUGAAAAUGGUGUUGGGGAAUGCAUCCGAAAUGCUGCUAUCACUUAUCCAGAAAGUGGAUGUACUCAUGCAAUUAAGGAAUCUCUUCAUAAUGUUGAAAGAAGUGACAACCAAACACAUGGUUCUGCUAAAGAACUUCCUCUUGCCAUAUCUGGUAGAUUAUUAAAUCAGCCAGAAGGCCCUACAGUCUCCAAGUUGUGUGAACUUGCAUUCUCUGACAUUCUAAUGUCAGACAAAUUCUCUGAAUUACGUGGCCUACUUCUCAAGAAUUUUGGUGUUGUCAAUGUUAACCAAAUUCUGGACCUUGAUGCUAUAAAAAUGAAGAUUAAGAAUGGAGCUUAUGAAAGUUCCCCAAUGCUUUACCAUAACGAUAUCCGACAGGUAUGGACGAAGCUUCAACAGGUUGGCAAUGAAAUAGUGACACUUGCAAACACUCUUUCUGAUAAAUCCCGGGCUCACUAUGAACAGCAGUUUGCGAGGAAACCAAAGUCAAACUGCCAUGGAUGUGGAGGAGCAGCAGACCCCCAAAACUGUUUAGUUUGUGAUUCGUGUGAAGAAAUAUACCAUGUCUCGUGUACUGAUCUCGUGGGUCCCGAAAUGCCCCCUAAAACAUGGUAUUGUGGCCGCUGCGUCUCGAAUGGAAUCGGAUCGCCUCACGAUAACUGCAUUGUUUGCCAGAAGCUAAAAUCCACCUCGGCUUGCGCUUCCGCUUCACGUGUCAAAACAAACACAAACACAAACACAAACGGUGAGGGGGGUGAAGGCUCCAAGACUUGUUUCAUUUGCAAAUGCGAGGUGAAGCCUGGGGACAAUUUCCGGACAUGCGGACAUUCGUUGUGUGCUCACAAACUGUAUCACUACAAUUGCCUAACAAGAAAGCAGUUGGGGGUGUGUGGUCCGUGUUGGUACUGCCCCUCGUGUCUUUGCCGGAGCUGCAUGAUAGACAAAGACGAUCAUCAGAUUGUUCUUUGCGACGGCUGUGAUCAGGCGUAUCAUAUCUACUGUAUGAACCCACAGCUUUCUUGUGUCCCCGAGGGGAAGUGGUAUUGUGGGAAAUGUGAUCGGGAUUUGAAGCGGAUACAGACCAUGAAAAUUUUGUAUGAGAAUAUGCGAAUCAAAGUCAAAGUCGAGGAACCCAAUGGAAAUGAUUCCGGUGGACUUGAGAUGCUUGUAACCGCUGCUAAAACACUAAGUCAUCAAGAAGACACACCCUUACCCUCACCCUUCCUUGCCCAUACCAAUGGAAUACAAAUACAACAAAAUGGACACCCUUUUUGAAGAUUUCUGCAAUUCAUGUACGUACAACUUUGUUUUUGUUAAUUUCUAGACUAGAACUUGAGACUUUCGACUUUCUUUAUGUUUACUUUUUGUUAAGUUGUGGCUCACAACUUUAACUUUUGGUGUCAUAAUACUUAAGACGAACAAGGUAUACUACUCAUUUUUCUGCUCUCUAA